CGCAGUGCCGCAGGCCGGCUGCGUGUGGCGGGGCAUCCCCUGAGGCGUGAGGCGGCCCGUUCCUCCCUUGCUUCCUUUUAAAAAGUACAAACACGUUCUUGUGUCGCUGAGAACAUCCACCUUUAUGCAAAAAGCGUAACUGCGAUUGUUUUCCCUCAAAAUGCGGCUAGGUGUCCUUAACCAGACACAGGGAAGCGCGGUACCACCCAGCAGCUCUUUGUGUAGGAGCAACACCCCCCGUGUGCCACGCACCUGCUUGCUUCAGAGGGCGACGCUCCAGGGAUUACUCUGAGGAAGUGCCAAGAGCCAGCGUUUCUCACUCCCCUCUCGCCCGCCUCCGCCCCCUGCACUGCUGCAGACACACACCCCAAUAUAGAAUGACAGCACACUGCCACAGUUUAAAUGACGCUGCCUCUGCCUCUUCGGAAGGACAGGUCCUGCAGAGAGCACCAGCCACAACUGCCUGCCUGCCCUUGUGAAAAACAUCACCAUGGCAUACAAAGCAGCACAUCUGGCUUUCAAGUCGCGCUGGCACAAGACAGACGAGGAACUCUGUCGCCACAGCAUGUCAUUUGAUUUGCAUAAGGCGAUUCAGAAUGACUUCUUUCAGUGUUACCUUUAUCUGCUGGAAACGCUUCCCCUGGUGAAACUUUACGCUUUAACAAGUCAAGUUAUCAAUGGGGAGAUGCAGUUCUACGCCAGGGCCAAACACUUCUACCAAGAGGUACCAGCCACAGAAGAGGGCAUGAUGGGAGACUACAUUGAGCUCUCCAAUAUAGACAUUGAAUCCUCCAGGGAAUUUCUCAGGAAGUUUGUUGGGGGGGUGGGGAAAGCUGGCACCAACCGCGCCCUGGACUGUGGCUCUGGGAUAGGUCGGAUCAGCAAGCAUGUCCUGUUACCAAUUUUCAAGAGUGUGGAACUGGUGGAUAUGAUGGAAAAUUUCCUGGCUGAGGUCCCGAACUACCUGCAGGGCGAGGAGGACAGAGUAGAAAUGUAUUAUUGCAAAAGCCUCCAGGAAUUCACUCCAGCCCCACAAAGAUAUGAUGUCAUCUGGAUUCAGUGGGUUUCAGGAUAUCUGACAGAUAAAGAUCUCCUGAAGUUUCUCAUCCGGUGCCAGAAAGGCUUGAAGGAUAACGGUGUUAUCAUUCUCAAGGACAAUGUAGCCAGGGAGGGCUGUAUCCUGGAUUGUCUGGACAGUAGCGUGAUCCGAGACCUGAACAUCCUCCGCAGCCUCAUUGAAAUGAGUGGACUCAUCAUCCUGCAAGAGGAGAGGCAGGAGGGAUUCCCUGAGCAGUGCGUCCCUGUCUGGAUGUUGGCCAUGCAGAAAGGCCCUGCCCAUUCCUGAUUGUGUAAUGUGGCGGCAGAGACUGGACUAUGGAUGAAUGACAGGGCUGGGGAGGGCAAGGGGGAAGAAAAGCACCUGCUAGAAUACUACUAGCUGUGUACUGCUACCGCUGUAAUUCUAAGGCAGCAACUUUUGAAGGAUCAAGAGAGAAUUACAACUGAGCCAGCUUCUCCAGGCAAUAGUCUGCUUCUAUAUCCUGCCUGCUUCACCAUUUUUAAAAGGCUUUCUAACAGCUCCUUGUCAGAUUUCUCUUUCAUUCAAGAGCCGAUACUACAGCAAAACUCAACUAGUAGAAAAUAAUUAGGACUGAAGUUUCUGUAGUGGCUAAUACGUUUUAGAGCGGUUUGUAUGAGGGGUUAACUAAGAAGACUGUUUUUUGUUGUUUUUACUGUGGCAUCUAAAUUUUCCUGGAAGUUGAGAAGAAUCUGUCAGAUCGCUGAAGCAGAACAUUCAAAUAACUUCUGGAAAACCUAACCUACCUUGCUUAUAUUUCUGCUGUAUAACAGUAGUGGUGCAUGAGGGUAUUCACACUCCAGGGAAAAAAUGAUGUGACAUAUAAGCAUGUUUGCACUGAAAAUGUGUGAAAAGAUUGCCCCACAAUCCGCUUUCUGGAAAAUGUUUUUUCAAAAUGUUCACAGUGGAAACCACUUGAAAGCAUCUCUUUAUUAUUCAUACAACUGUAAAUUUCUUGCUUUCCCACAUUCAGAACCAGUCUGGCACCAUAUGCAGAGCUAACGGGAUUUCAUGGGGUGUUAAUAGUAAGACUGCAAGAAGAACUAAUACAGUAUUGUAUUAAUUAACAACUGUACUAAAUUGCAGAGGGUGCUGGUGUAACCCAAAAGCAUCUAUGAUUUAUAUUGAAACAGCAGCUGUGUAAGCCUGGAUUUGACAAUACUAACACACGUACAGUCUCCUUCUGCUUCAUUCUGAACGAGUACAAAAAGAGACAAUUUUGAAAUUCUCUGUAAACAAAAAACACCUGAUCACAGUCCAAAUGAGAAAUAUGGACAAAAUCAAAUGUUUCUUCUGAAUUCAACUUCUAAAAUAAUUUGCAUUGUAAGUAUUUGUUAUAAUGCAGCAAAAAAUGUAAAUGAGAUAAGGCUUGUCCAAAAUAUAAGAAUGGGCUGUUCUGACUCUUUCUGAA